GACUUUCAGAGAACGAUCCCCCAGUCCUGGCCAGAAUCCCUCUACUCCCCAGUCCACAGACAGCCAACCAGCUCUGAGUGAAUCCUCCAGUGUCCCCGUCAUCAUGGCAACCCCACCUAAGCGCAGACGCUGUGCCUACCUGGAUUCCGAUUCCACCCAAUCUUUGCGUCGCUCAACACGCAAUACAUCUGGAGGGGAUCGAGCGGCAGAGCCUGGGGGUGGAGGCAGCAGCAAUGCCUCUCCUCAACCAAAGCGAAGGCCUGCUGAGGUGCAGGCACCACUACCCAAGUUCUUCCUCAACCUAGAGAAGAAGACUCCUGUUCACAGUGGCUCCUCCUCUCCUUUGCCCUUGACACCCAGCAGGGAUUGCACUGGAGGGCUUUUCUCAGGGCUGGAAACCCAGAGGAACUACGAACUAAAUGAGGUUCUGAGCUGGAGACUGACACCAGAAAACUACCCUCAGAGUGACCAGCUUCCCCCUCCUUCUUACCUCUAUGGCGCUCAGCACCUGCUUCGGCUAUUUGUUAAACUUCCAGAAAUCUUGAGGAAGAUGCACAUACCAGAAAAGAACCUGAGGGCACUAGUGAAACACUUCGAGCUUUUCCUCAGGUUUUUGGCAGAGUUUCAUGAGGACUUCUUUCCAGAGUCUGCAUAUGUGUCUGCAACUGAAGCCCAUUACAGCAUGAAGCAACCACGCUCAGUCUUCUAAGAAUCCUUUACAGAGAGAGUUUAUAUUGUGCUGUGCUCUUCUGAACUUCUGGUCCUCCCCUGACACUGAAUGUUGAGCCUAUGUUCUUUCUACUUGCAAAUUCUAUAAAUUUCCCUGAAGUAUUUCACCUGUCCAUUUCUAACUGUUCAUUUGCAAUGUAUGACAAAAUUUUCAUGACAAUCUUUUUUUGUUAUUGUUUAUAGUUUUAUUUUAAAGCAUUUUGAAUUCAGUUGUGCAAAAUUAUCAUUUUCUUAUUUUCUAGUUUUUCUGUCAUAUGAAUCCACCAUUACCUCAAACUUCCUUAUUUUGCUUGUCCUUUCCCUCUCAUUCCUCUGCACGAACUUAAACAAGCAGUUGCGCAAAAGCAAGAGGUUUAUUGCACAUUUGCCACAUAAUUGUUGUAGUAACAUUGUAUUAAUAAUGCAUUUUUUUUAUUAUGAGCUCCACUGAUAAUUGCUUUGUGAUUCUUUCACUCACAAAAUAUAUUUCUUUUUUUGUAUAUUACUGUAUAUAAAGUUUUCAGUGGUAAAAGGUUUCAUCUCGUUUCUUUCUGUGAAAAUAGGACAGGGCUGGGUUUUAACCAUUAUACCUUAAUUAUUUAUAAUAAUUAAGUUCAUUAUUCCCGUGUGUACUUGUUUCUGUGUAUUCUAUGGUGUCUUGUAGUUUAUCUAUUAAAGUCAUAAUCACUUAUGGUGCUGAUUAAUUUCUCAAUACGUUAUUCAAACUUUUGUUUCCAGUGCUUAAAGGACUUUGAAACUUGUGAUUGGUAUGAGGAAAAUGCUUGUUUUGUUGCAGCCUUUCACUGGCAUUAAUUUCACAUAUUAAAAAAAACUUUAAAAAUAGGUAAACACUUCUGUGUAAACAUUAUGUGCAAAACUAUUUGAAGAUGUUAUUGUUUUUAUUACUGAAUUUGUAUUUCAAAAAUCUAAAUUAUCAUGCUCAUAGCUUUUUCAACAUCUGUGAUGACAGACAAGGUUGUGCCCCAUUUUUUAUUUAAAGUAGCGUUUGUGACCUUGUUACUGUCAAAACAUUAUUCAUUAUCAUGCUUUAUUUGUACAUUUACCUAUACCAGUAACUUUAAAGUUAACAGAUAAUGUACUUAAUGGCUUUGUUUGCUGUUUUAAUUAUGAAAUUCACCAGUCUGGCAAGUCAAGUUAGCUCAUUAAAGCACAUCAGCAUUAUAGAUUUGAGUAAAAGUUAUCAAGUUAUUUGAAUG